AUGACGCCGAACACAAGAACAGUGGUGAAUGCUGCAUCAGGAGGGUCCUUGAAGACAAAAACUCCAGAGGAAGCCUUGGAAUUACUAGAGUCUCUAGCCUCUCAGGAGUAUGAUAAUGCUCCCGCACCACAGAGAAGAGCGGGGAUUAUGAAGCUUGAUGGCUAUGAUGCCAUCUUGGCCCAGAAUGAUCAGAUCCUACAGUCCAAUAAGAAACAGCAACAACAACUAGAUGCUCUCACAAAGCAAUUUUCUGAUUUUCAAGUUUCUUCUAAUACUUCAGUAGCUCAUGUUAAUACUUUUUCUAUUGUUUGUGAUAUUUGCGCAGGUGCUCAUACUACUGAUGACUGCAAGGCACCCGAAACUGCGGAUGUUAAUGGAAUUUGGCAUGAUCAGAAAGUUCCAUAUAAUCCAGGGAGGAACCAAUACGGCAAUAACCAGAAUCAAGGGUGGAGAAAUAAAAAUCAACAUCCAGGAUUCAGUUAUAGCUCGAAUCAUCAGCUAAAUCCUCCUAUGCCAGCACCACAGCAACCUCCACAACAAUCAGAGUGGGAGAAAGCCUUUGCACAACUAUCCAAGACCACAUCAGACUACGUUCAAAGUACCAAUGCAUUCAGGGAAGACACUUCAACCUUUAUGCAGGAGACCAGGGCCUCAUUCCGGAAUCAAGAAGCCUCUAUCCGGAAUCUUGAAACCCAGAUCGGUCAAUUGUCAAGGCAGUUCAAUGAAAGAACCCAAGGCACUUUCCCGAAAGAAAAAGAGAAAGAAGUUGACAAAGAGCCUACUGCAGAGAAAGCUGUUCCAGAAAAGAAAGAGUUCAAAUGGGAGAAAAAGAAAGCUCAAGAAAGACAAGAAAAGCCAUUGGAGCUCUCACCUUAUGCAAGAAUUCCAUAUCCGCAGAGGUUCAGAGAGGAAAAGUUCAUGAAAGAUCUCUUAUCGAAGAAACGUAAACUGAAAGAAUGUGAAACAGUUACGUUGACGGAAGAGUGUAGUGCUAUAAUUCAGAAAAAGUUGCCUCCAAAACUUGAAGAUCCUGGAAGUUUCAGCAUUCCCAUAGAAAUUGGCAACAUUGAUGUGGGAAAGGCGUUAUGUGACUUGGGAGCUAGUAUUAACCUUAUGCCAUUAUCCAUCUGCAAGGCUCUGGGGAUUCAUGAAUUAAAGCCGACCAAAGUUUCACUGCAGCUAGCAGACAGAUCUACCAGAAGGCCAGAUGGAGUUAUUGAAGAUGUCUUGGUGAAGAUUGAUAAGUUCAUAUUCCCUGCAGACUUUGUCAUCUUAGACAUGCAAGAGGAUGCUGAAAUUCCCUUACUGUUGGGAAGGCCCUUUUUAGCCACUGCAAGGGCUAUGAUUGCUUCAUGUGGAGCAGGGUACAGCUGA